UUGAGGAAAACACUUUCAUCCGGCUCAGCCAUAUUGCUUUUUGCUGACAGACAGUAACCCCUAACUCCAAUCCCGGCCAUCCUAGGCCAUCUUUGUAUAGUUUCAGUUAUAUCUCCUCUGUACAGCAAUGUCUUCGGGAACUCCAUACCUUGGCACUAAAAUAAGCUUAGUUUCCAAGUCAGAAAUUAGAUAUGAGGGAAUUUUGUAUUCCAUUGACACCAAGGAAUCUGUUGUGACGUUAGCACAGGUGCGUUCGUUUGGAACGGAAGACCGAGAGGCGCCUAAAAGGGUUCCUCCAAGGGACGAGGUUUACGAGUACAUUGUUUUUCGAGGACAGGACAUCAAAGAUCUAACUGUAAUAAGUGCUGAGUCGCAUUUACCUCAGGACCCAGCCAUUGUCCAGUCUGGUAGUUCAAGAGUUCCAACUCCUGGCUAUUCUCAUUUCCCUGCUCCUGUAUCAUUCCCACCUCAUCCAACCACAUAUCCUCCAUUUGGUUCGCCAUAUGGCGGUUACACACCACACCACAGACCAAUGCCAGGUCCCAUUCCACCACAUCCAGCAAUGAUGCCACCUGGUCCUAUGAUGCCUCCAAGGAUACCCACACCACCAACAGUUCAACCUGUACCUUUGUCUCGCAGUCAUACACCAUCUCCAGAAACUGUAACACCUGUGGUAUCCACUUCUAAAACAGAGGAUAAAAGGGGGGAUACAGCUCAUGAUAAAAGCACAGCUCAGCAAGGAACUCAAACAGUUCAGGCUAAGAAGAAACCAUCUUCUAGACCAUCGUCAAGAAGAGGCUCAGUAGACAAAACGGCUGCAUCUCAAGAGAAGAAGAAGAAACAAGAGGUAGUAGAUGAGGAAACUUUUAAUAAAGACCCCACGGAGGAAACCCAGUCCACUGAACCUCAGAAACAGAAACAAGUGGGUAAUCGUCGUCCACAGGGAAGAAGAGGAUCUGGUCCAAGAGUCAACAAACCACGAACAGUUGGUGGUCCUGUUAAAUUUGAGGGCGAGUUUGAUUUUGAGAGUUCAAAUGCUAAGUUCAAUAAAGAAGAAAUUGAGGAGGAACUACAGCAGAAGCUCUACGAAAACCUCAGGUUGAAAGACGAGGAUGAAAGUGAAGCAAUCAGUGCACCUGAAAAUUAUGCUAGUGAUGCUCAACCUUCAAGCCCUCUCAAUUAUUAUGAUAGUUCCAAAUCCUUCUUUGACAGUAUUUCCUGUGAGGCAAAGGACAGAAACAGAAAUAGACGGGCUCACCCUUCAUGGCAGCAAGAACGUAAAGUAAACAUGGAGACCUUUGGAGUAACUGGUGGCAUGCGACGUGGAGGUCGAGGGAGAGGAAGAGGGAGAGGUCGAGGAGGUUACAGAGGUGGCAGAGGUGGAAAUAGGUAUCAAGGACAUGAUGGCAGUAGUCAAGGAGGACGUGGAGGCUGGCGUGGUGGGCGUGGUGGUUCCAGAGGUGACCGCUCAAGGUCCUAUGUAGAUCAACCCAUUAAUGGUAAUGACAAAUUACCAAGAAAUCUACCCAAUGGACCAGCUAUGGGAGGAGAUGGUGAAGCAGCUGCCAAAGCAUGAAGCCACUGAUAAUUAAUUUGAAAAAAUUUUCUGGUUUUCUGUCUCUUAUUUACUUGGGUUUCUUUUUUUCUUUCUUUUUUUUUUUUUUUUUUUUUUUUGAGUCAUGGAAUGACUAAUUGUGGUCUGACCACAGACUUUAUUGUUUGUAGUGUUGUGGUUAAUCUUAGCUCUUUGCAGUCAGGGAUCAGUUUUGUGGAAAUGUCCAGUUGCUGAAUGAUAUUCUUUGACAAGAAAAUACCAUGAAUGCAUAGCUGUAUAUGGCUCUUUCAUAAUUUUGUACAUGCUGUAUUUCUAAGACAUAAUAUUAUUGUAUCAUUAUUGGCUUCGUGUAUACAAUAAAUGUCAGAAGAUAUGUCAUGCAUUAAAGUUAUGUUUGCAUUUCACAGCUGUGUCACAAAGUGACCCUCUUUAACAAACAGAAAUUGUUAUUUUCACCUUGCUAUUAAUGCUUAUACUAAUAAAAAUGUUUGGGAAUAAUAUGUUUUGGGUACCCAUGGACUAAAUAUUUAUCACAGAUGUAAUGGUUUACAAGUGGUAUAAUUUUUCUACACACAUACAUUUAAGCAAUUCAUGGUUUCUUUGCGGUAUUUCCUUUUGAAUUUCUUCAUUUGCACAAAUGUUGUGAACUUUAAAGUAGUUAACUAUUAUCAACACAUACAAUGUAGGGGUGUUUAACAAUGAUUUAAUUUAAUUUAAAAGGUUUUUUUCUCUGGGGAAGAAUCUUCAAUAAAGUGAGUCUUCAAGCAUUUCUAAAAAUAUUUGAACAUUAAAGGAACAAAA